AGUGAAUCAUAUUUGUCAGUAAGUGGGACGUAGAAUGCUCUCAGACGUUUUUUGACAGUUGAAAUUGCAGAAUUUCCUGUUUGUUACGCAGAUGUCAGUCUGAUCAGGGUCAGUACAGAACACCAGACUCCGGGCAUCUCAAUACACAGAACAUUGGCAUACCGUCUAAAUGUCUAACCCUGUGAUAACUCAUCAGCCAGGUGCUGGAGGCUAUGGGACAAAUGUUCAAACUGGACAGUGGAGUACUCAUGUAUGCGGAUGCUGUAGUGACAUUCCAAUCUGUUUAUUGGGAUUCUUCUGUGGACCAGUACUGACCUGUUAUACUGCUAAUAAAUAUGGGGAGAACUGCUGCCUCGGAUUUUUACCAGGUGGAAUGACAGCCCUCCGGACUCACAUGAGGCUCACUUACGGUAUUGAGGGAACAAUAUGCAACGAUGCAAUGAUGACCGUUUUCUGUGGAAUUUGUGAAGUGUGCAGAAUGGCAAGAGAAAUUCGCAUCCGAAACGGAGAAAUGGAGGCAGGCAGAUAGACUGACUACUAGCCUUAUGAAAAACCAUGUUUUGUCUUUACA